AUGAAGGAGAAAAGCAUGCCAUACUCAGAGACGACACCUCUCCUUGAGGUCCAUGUCGCUCCCCAGCGAUAUCGGUAUCCUCAUCACCGCCUUCGACAAGCCUGUACUUUCCUUCUCGGUACACUACUUGUGCUGGCCGUGUCCUUGUUCUUGCUCCCCACUGCUAUCCUGCCGAGAGAGCACGGGUCAAUCUGGUCCUAUCUUCCUUGGGCUCACCCACUGCCUCAGUCGUGGCCGCAGAGUUACGGGCUACCAUACGACCAGCUCCAGCAGAUCGUCCUCAACACUCCCUCCGCAGCCAAGGCCCGCGAGUGGAGCUCCUACUAUACGGCAGGACCGCACCUGGCCGGCAAGAAUUUGAGCCAGGCCCUGUGGACGUUGGAGAAGUGGAAGGAGUUUGGCGUCGAGGACACCACUCUCUCCGCGUACGAAAUCUACCUCAACUAUCCUCUCGACCAUCGUCUGGCGCUCUUGAAGAAAUCCGGAGACAAGACCGAGGUCUCUUUCGAGGCCACAUUGGAGGAGGAUGUGCUGGAGGAUGAUCCCACUUCUGGUCUGCCGGACCGCGUUCCCGUCUUCCAUGGCUACUCGGCCAGUGGCAACGUCACCGCCCAGUUUGUGUAUGUCAACUUCGGCACGUACCAAGACUACGAGGAUCUCGUGAAAGCCAAUGUCACCCUCAAGGGCAAGAUUGCCAUUGCCAAGUAUGGCGGCAUCUUCCGCGGGUUGAAGGUUAAGCGGGCACAGGAGCUGGGAAUGGUCGGCGUGAUCAUAUAUACGGACCCCCAGGAAGACGGCGAGAUCACCGAGCAAAACGGCUACAAGGUGUAUCCUGAGGGGCCGGCACGAAACCCGAGUGCUAUCCAGAGAGGUAGCACGCAGUUUUUGAGUUUCCUUCCUGGUGACCCCACAACCCCGGGGUAUCCUUCUAAGCCCGGGUGCGAGCGCCAGGAUCCGAAGAACGCGAUUCCGUCGAUCCCCUCUCUCCCAGUCUCUUACAAGGAGAUCCUGCCUUUCUUGAAGGCCCUGAAUGGCCAUGGCCCCAAGGCCUCGGAGUUCAACGAGUUCUGGCAAGGUGGUGGUCUGGGCUACAAGGGCGUGGAGUACAACAUCGGACCAUCUCCCGAGGAGGUUGUCAUCAAUCUGGACAACUUGCAGGAGUACGUGACGACUCCGCUGUGGAAUGUCAUUGGUGUCAUCAAGGGAUCUAUCCCUGACGAGGUAGUCGUCUUGGGUAAUCAUCGUGAUGCGUGGAUCGCUGGUGGUGCCGGUGACCCUAACAGUGGAUCGGCGGCACUCAACGAGGUUGUCCGUAGCUUUGGCGAGGCUCUCAAGGCAGGAUGGAAGCCUCUGCGCACCAUUGUCUUCGCCAGCUGGGAUGGUGAGGAGUACGGUCUGCUCGGGUCGACCGAGUGGGUGGAAGAGAACCUACCUUGGCUCUCCAAGGCCAACGUCGCGUACUUGAAUGUCGAUGUGGCGACGGCUGGUACUGAAUUCAGUCCUCGGGCCAGUCCCUUGUUGAAUAGUGUGAUCUACGAGGUCACUGAUUUGGUGCAGUCGCCCAACCAAACCGUUCGGGGCCAGACCAUCCGUGACGUUUGGGACGGUCGUGUCGCAACGAUGGGUAGUGGUAGUGAUUUCACUGCUUUCCAGGAUUUUGCUGGUGUUGCGAGUCUCGACUUCGGAUUCAACCGUGGUAAGAAAGAUCCGGUCUACCACUACCACUCGAACUACGACAGCUUUGCGUGGAUGGACAGGUUUGGAGACCCGGGCUGGGAGUACCACACCGCGUGCACCAAGCUCUGGGCUGCGGCAGCUGCACGACUGGUGGAAGCUCCCGUGCUUGCCUUGAAUGCCACUGACUACGCCCUGGGACUCGGCUCAUACUUGAACCGAAUCAAGCCCGCCGCGGAGAAGUUGCCGGGAGGUGUACACUUUGACUUUGGACUUUUGGACGAGACCAUCUCCCGCUUCCACAGUGCUUCCAGGGCUUUUGAUGCGUACACGGCCGACCUGACCUCGCAGCUCGGUGAGGAUGUGCCGUGGUACCACUGGUGGAAGAAGGUCAAGCUGUUUUUCCAGAUCCGACUCGCCAAUGACAAGUACAAGGGCAUUGAGCGCGCGUUCCUGUAUCAGCCGGGAUUAGAUGGCCGUGACUGGUUUAAACAUGUGGUAUUUGCGCCGGGCCUUUGGACCGGCUACUCGGGCGCCACCUACCCCGGACUGGUGGAGAGUCUACAGGCGGGAGAUGUGGAGAAUGCUAAGAAAUGGCGGGGCAUCAUCCAAGAGCGGAUCGAUGCGGCGACCCGGUUGCUGCAGUAA